AUGGCUCUUGAUUAUUUAGCUGCUCUCAGAGACUCAUAUGCACCACACUCUACAGAUCAGGGCGAUUUCCAUCCAGAUCUCUGCCACCUGGCGCCACUCAACAUUGAACAUUCGUCCCUCGGCCGGUACAAUUUCAAGGUCGCAAGCCAUGACUCUCAGCCUUUCUUCGAAAAGAAAGGUGCGCUUGGACGACAUGCUUCAACGUCUCGCGGAGAGUCCUCACCGUCUUCAUUUUCAUGGCUGACUUCGUCUGCACAUGUGGAUCGACCUGCUUCCGCCCACUCGCCCGCUCUGUCUCCCAGAAGUUCUUACCCCUCACAAGCAGGCAAAUGUCCGCACCCAGAUUGCGGCAAGGUCUUUAAAGAUAUGAAAGCUCAUAUGCUGACCCAUCAAACCGAGCGGCCGGAGAAGUGCCCGGUCAUCAGUUGCGACUAUCACCAGAAAGGCUUUGCACGGAAGUAUGAUAUGAAUAGGCACACCUUGACGCACUUUAUAGGAGUAAUGGACUGUGGAUUUUGCCCUGGAUCUGGGACAACAAGCGCCAAGACUUUCAACCGUGUCGACGUCUUCAAAAGACAUCUCACAUCGGUGCACGGAGUCGACCCGAUCCCGCCGAAUAGCAGGAGGCGGUCGCUCGCUAACACCAGCAGAAAACUCUCAAGCUACUGCCGAGAUGCGACGGGAAUAUGUUCGAUUUGUCGUAUACGCUUCGCCAAUCCUCAAGAGUUCUAUAUCCACCUCGACAAUUGCGUACUUCGCGCCGUGCAGGAGCAGCAAAGCGACGAUAACGGCACCCUGGGAGUUGGAAAACAUGCAGUGAUACUCGCGGACCCCGCCUGGGAUAACGCUGUCCAGGAAAUUCUCGGUGCUCACCAAUUAGAUGCGGGCGCGUUACCAACUGGUUCUCCCAGUCGGCCGGCAAAGAAGGGCCUUACACGGUUCACAGGAGGUGUGCCGCUCGUCGGUAAAGAGCGGAAGAGAAGGAAGCACUACCCAGCCUCUUGGGGACUCUCGGCGGAAAAGACGUCAAUGAAAGAAAGAGUGCUGUGCGUUUACGAUGGCGACAGAAGGCUCCACAAGGACGACAUGUCAAUGCACAAAGACAUAGAAGUGCGUGUAAAGCUGUUCGAGGAGGACGGUCUUUUUACGGAGCUCGACCUGGAGAUCAUGGGCAAGACAGAAGCCAUUGAAAUCGGCGCCGCAGAAGACCACGCUCGUUGGAGAGAGGACCAGCCGCAUGAACGUCCCUCUAUCGAUUCACCAGUAGCCCCCGAGACCGUUAAUGAUUCGAAACAGAUGUGCAGGCUUUUGCCGCCUCGUGUUCUCGAUUUGGAAUCUGGCCUUAUCAAGGACAAGGAUAUCAAUCGGAGCAUCCCAGCAAAGUCCGACAUGAGCACCGUCGGCACCCUCAACACGGGCCCAGUAACUGAUGGGGAAAGGAAGGAGCAUUUGCGACAGAGGUGCUUGCUUCAAAAACCCGAAACAAGAUCGGCCGUUUGUUUGCCUUUUCCGGCCAAAGCUUGUCCUCUGAAUCCGCACUUAGCAUCGACGGCACAAGACGCCGAGGAGGUUACCGAGCCACAGGAAACAGGUGUUGCUCUGUCUGCUGGGAAUGGUCAUCAUGGCGAUCAAGACAUCUCCCCCAAAUGUUCACCUGCGUCUGUUGAGCAGCCAACCGCCAAGAUUAUGGAGGACAAUGCUGGUGAGCAGAAGCGCAUCAGGGACGUUGUGGUAGAAGGUGUCCAGAGCUUUUCUUCCAGCCUACAGCCCUCAUGCCCCGAAGAUCGCUUUCCAAGGGGCUCUGAUUCGGUUUCGACGGUUCAGGCACGUGCAGUGACUCCGAGCACGCCGGAUAGUGAUACCAGCCGCCAGUCAGGACUCGAAGCCGACGAAGCGUUCGAGUCUGAAGGGGAGCUCUCAUUCAUGGCCACACCUGGCCCAGGCGAUAUUCAGCUCGAAAGUGAGACACCAUCGAAUUCGCGGCGUUGGGCCAUACAGAGCACGGUCGCUGAGCAACUUGCACGUUCAUACACCACGUUACUGCUGCGCACGAGGGGCGGUCAGGGCCACAACACCAGAUCACCUGGUUCUUCUUGUAUGGAGAGCAGCUCGACUUCUGGCUCCAAGUCGUCGCAAACAAUGCCAUCCAGUCCCAUUUCGAGCAGGAAACGGUCUCACACCAAUGAUGAGAAAGACGACGACAACAACAAACGACCGCGGAAACAGCGCAAUCCUCGCCGUGAGUACGGUGCGGCUGAUGAUGGAAAACUACUGGCAUGUCCUUUCUCCAAGUUCGACCCUGCGCGAUAUUCUGAACUUAACACGACUGAGUUGCAAUACCGCGGAUGCUCAAGCUGCUAUCUGACAACAAUACCUCGCCUGAAGCAACAUCUCUAUCGGGUCCACAGCAGACCAUUGCACUACUGUUCUUGCUGCUUUCAGUCUUUCGACACGGCGGUGGCGCUGGAUCAGCACGCGAGAGCCAGAUCCUGCACUGUGUCGCCCUCGCCCUUCGAAGAGAAGAUGACCACCGACCAAAUGUCGGAAAUCAAACGCCGGACCCCGCGCGAGGAGCGAACCAAAAGCUGGUUCACUAUUUUUCGCAUCCUCUUCCCUCAGUCUGAACUACCGCGAUCUCCGUUUGUCGGCGACUAUUCGGAGGAAUGUAUCCAGCAUUUCCUGGAGUAUUUCGAGCGGGAGGCGCCUCGCGUGUUGGCAGCAACCAUUGACUCCGAGCUCGACAAUUCCGUCUUAAACCUGGGCUUAGAACAGCGGAGAAUGCUUGACGACAUCCUAGAAACUUCGCUGAGCCGUGUUGUGGUUUCGAUGACGCACGCAGCUCGGGCGAGGCAGAGUCCCAGUCGGAAUCAAAGGUCGCAUAACGCAUCGAUCGCACGCAGCCCUCAACCGCUGCCCGCCAGUCUAUCAGGUGAUACGACCAUGGAUGAUGAUAGCUCGAGCGCGGAUACUCCGCUCCAAGCCCGACAUGUCACCACGCAAUUGACUCUCAGCGAGUCCCAUUCAUCCCGAGACGAACCCAGUACUCAGUCCUGGCUGAUGGUCAACCGUGCCACGGAGCAGCAUUUCGACGUUCAGUCGCCGAAUGUGCCAAUGCCAGGUUCAUGCAUGGAUUACCUGAUGGCCAAGUUACCUGAUCCCUCGCCAUUGCUAGAAUGCGCCGAUUCGACGGUCGUCGACCAUAGCCUCGCCGCCGAGGAAUGGCAACGCCUGUUAAGUAGUGCAACACCGCUGGAACUCUGGCAAGACGGUGCUUUCAACCUGGAGGAAAACGAUGCCGGCAUCGUCCUAAGAGGCUAUCAGCCAGCCAUGACAUGGAUUGGAUAG